AUGGCAUCAACUACCAAGUAUCAGGCAGCGCCGACGCGCGACUCGUUCGAGGAGCAGAGCUACAGCCAGCCCCCUCCGUCUUACCAGGCAGAAGCCUCUGCCAUUCCUGGAAUCCCCAGAGACGAAGACGACAAUGUACCCGAUGAUUUCAAGUUCGGUGGCUCCGUCUCCGAAGCAACUCUCGACAUCCGCAUGCAAUUCGUCCGUAAGGUCUACUCGAUCCUGACCGUCCAACUUCUUGCGACCGCCGCUCUUUCUUCUGUCUCAUUCUUCAGCCCCGGCUACAAAUCAUGGAUUCAGACCAACCAGUGGAUGAUGUGGGUCUCACUGUUUGGUGCCAUCGGAUUCAUGCUCUUGACCUUCUGGAAGCGCAAGUCUUAUCCCACCAACCUACUCUUCCUUGCUGGUUUCACUGCAAUGGAGGCGUACUCGAUCAGUGUUGUCACAUCCUUCUUUGAGAGCAAGAUUGUGCUUGAGGCUCUAAUCUUCACCCUCGGUAUCUUUGUCGCACUCACCCUCUUCGCCUGCCAGACCAAGUACGACUUUACCAGCUGGAUUCCUUAUCUUGCCGGUGCACUCUGGGUUGUCAUCAUCUUUGGUUUCAUGGCAGCCUUCUUCCCUCACACCAGCACCAUCGAGUUGGGAUACGGCAUUGUUUGUGCACUCAUCUUCAGUGGCUACAUCCUGGUUGACACACAGCUAAUCAUGAGACACUACCAUGUUGAGGAGGAGAUUGCAGCUUCCAUCUCGCUCUAUUUGGAUAUCAUCAACCUGUUCCUGGCCAUUCUCAGAAUCCUGAACAGCCAGCAGAACAACUAG